AUGACUGGACAACCAGGGUCAGCAAGGGUUGGGAAAACCUGUCUGGUCGCUCGUUUUCUGGGAGGAAAAUUUCAGGAGUGCUACACACCCACUAUAGAAGACUUCCACAGGAAGUUGUAUAGGAUAAGAGGAGAUAUUUAUCAACUGGACAUUUUGGAUACGUCGGGAAAUCAUCCUUUUCCCGCGAUGAGACGGUUGUCUUUCUUAACGGGAGAUUUAUUCGUGAUCGUAUUCAGUAUGGAUAGCCGGGAAAGUUUCGAGGAAGCAAUAAGACUACGGGAACAAAUAAUUGAAACAAAGGUGAACGCGGGGGCCUCGUCCAGCGGAGUGGGGCUUACUAGGAAAAAAGCGGUCCCCAGAGUGCCCAUGAUACUGAUAUACAGAACCGUCAACGUCGAAGAAGCCCAGGCCUACUGCGACAACCAAGAUUCUAGCUGUGCCUUUGUAGAGACAUCGGCCAAGAAAAACUUCAAAGUAGACGAAGUCUUCUACCAGCUCUUCCUGCUAGCCAACCUGCCCCAAGAGAUGGCGCCAAACCACCACAAGCGGGUCAGCGCUAGUUUUGGCUCCCCCUGCCCGCUACCCCCCUCCACGCCCGGCCACCACACCAAGAAGUACCACCUCUCGGUGAAGAGGAGGCUGAGCGACGCUUGCGGCGUCGUGACUCCAAACGUGAGGCGUCCCAGCAUACGAACCGAUCUGAUGAUCAUGAGGACUAAGACGUGCAGUUUGGGGGACGGUUCGGGGAACUCCAAUAACUCUCCCAUCAGGUGGAGGAGGGUGGAGAACGGGUGUACGCUGCAGUGAGGCGCAGUAGGUUAAUCGGUCGCUAAACAGAUUUUCGAGUGUUCCACUUUUGACGGAUAAUCAAAAUACAAUCAAAACUUGUAAUUGAACGGGGUUGGGUCAUCAAGAAUCGUCGAGCAUCGUGUAGAGUUUUUUUUUGAGCACAUAAUUGGAAAUUAAUACUAUAUUUUCAUAGUUCUUUCAUUGAGAAAGUAGAAGCUCGGAAAGAUUUGAAGAUGUUUGAGUCCUGUUUCUUUAUUUGAAUCGGAUUAAAAUUCAUGAGAUUCAACUCCAUCAGUGAACAUAUUUGCCAGAUCUUGGAAAUCAACGAAAUCAGAGAAUAUAGUUCGGUCAAUUUAGACCUGAAAACAGUAAUGAAAUAUCGAAAAUUGCAACAGAACUAAAUAUCGGUGAAGACCUUUAUUUUACCAUAACA